CCACCAGCUGGCUGUUCCAGUACAGGAGGUCCUACAUGAAAGUGCUCUCCAGCAGCAGCAGUGCUGGUGUCUAGGAGCUGUCCAUUUCAGCACCACAUCCUCAGCAAAGGAGAUCCACAGAGAACAGCUGGAGCAUCACUUCCAUGCAGCAGAGGAAGCCCACCCUACACAGCAAGCCUGCCUCCCUCCCAGGACAUCUAAGUGGGGGCCUCACCGUGAUCUUCAGCUCUACAACCAUGGAUUGCAAAAGCCGCAGUCCGUCUGAAGCCAAACCUUACAGCAUCCAGAGGAGACUUGUGGUGUAAUCCACAGCAGGGAAGAGAGAGAGAUCCCACACUCCAGCAGACACCAGAAAAGGGGACAAGACAAGACAUAGCUGUCAGGAGCAGGGAGGGAGAACAAGAAGAAGAAGAAGAAGAGAAAAAUAUCUGCUUUUUUCCCCCUUUUUACAUGGCGCAGACUGCAGAGCAAAAUAAGGAAAGCAGAGCCUGCAUUCCUAACCCUAUCAUCCCCCCUUGCCUUGGUCCUGAUGCUGAAGGUUGGUGAUGAAGAUACUGCACCCUUCUUCCUGCUGAUCACAGCCUCACAAUUAGCCAUCACUUAUGGAAACUGAAGACCAGAAUUUUAGGAAAAGGGAUUAGAGAGAUUAGACCAUCUCUGUGUGUCAGCUCUGCCGCCUGUGUCUGCCUGCACUAUUUCUUUCUAUUAACCUGCAUUUGGACAUGAUCUGAUGGACAACGAGCUCUCCAUCCACAAGCCUUCCAGCUGCUUUACUUUUGCUAUUUUUCUAUUAGGAUACCUCUUCUUCAUAUUGGGCAAGGUCUUGCAUUCUUGCUAGCUACAAAAGAAAAGAAAGAAAAGAAAACCCUUCCAUCUUUUAGCUCUUCUAUCACCCACCCAACCCCCAAACCAGAAGACUGUUGGAUGUCUAUAGAAUGAAGAAUUAUGGGUCUGUUUGAUAGAGGUGUUCAGAUGCUCUUAACCACUGUGGGAGCAUUUGCUGCAUUCAGUUUAAUGACAAUUGCUGUGGGCACAGACUACUGGUUAUACUCCAGAGGGGUCUGCAAGAGCAAAUCUAUAAGUGAAAAUGAAACCAGCAAAAAGAAUGAAGAAGUCAUGACCCAUUCUGGAUUGUGGAGAACAUGUUGCCUUGAAGGUAAUUUUAAAGGUGUUUGCAAACAGAUUGACCACUUUCCAGAAGAUGCAGACUAUGAAGCAGACACUGCCGAAUAUUUCCUACGGGCUGUGAGGGCUUCCAGUAUAUUCCCUAUCCUCAGUGUGAUCCUACUCUUCAUGGGAGGACUGUGCAUUGCUGCCAGCGAGUUCUACAAAACUCGACACAAUAUCAUACUAAGUGCUGGCAUCUUCUUUGUGUCUGCAGGUCUAAGCAACAUCAUUGGGAUCAUUGUGUACAUAUCUGCCAAUGCUGGUGACCCUUCAAAAAGCGACUCAAAGAAAAACAGCUACUCAUAUGGCUGGUCCUUUUACUUUGGGGCCCUUUCCUUCAUUAUUGCUGAAAUGGUGGGGGUGCUUGCUGUUCACAUGUUCAUUGACCGCCACAAACAGCUGAGAGCUACAGCACGAGCAACGGACUACCUCCAGUCCUCUGCAAUCACUCGCAUUCCAAGUUAUCGCUACCGUUAUCAGAGGCGCAGCCGAUCCAGCUCCCGGUCCACGGAGCCUUCCCACUCCCGUGAUGCCUCUCCUGUGGGCCUCAAGGGCUUCAACACCCUACCCUCCACCGAGAUCUCCAUGUACACGCUGAGCCGCGACCCUCUCAAAUCGUCCGGAACCCCCACAGCCACUUAUAACUCGGAUAACAGCUUCCUCCAAGUUCAUAACUGUAUACCCAAAGAUAAUAAGGACUCUGCGCACACCAACACAGCCAAUCGCAGGACCACUCCAGUAUGAAACAAGGAUGGAGGAUGGAGAAAGAGAAGAAAGACACAGGCAGAUAGAUCAAUGAGGGUCAGAAAGCUAAAGGAAUGUGGUCUAGAUAAAGGGAUCUGUGUAUCAAGCUUCGGGCUGUAAAAUGAGUGUAACACAUGGCCUGCUUUGGUUCUAAAAUAAGUUUGGGAACUUUUUUCUCUCAGAAGGCUACAAAAAUUUCAAGUUAACUAUUUUAUCAUUCAAAAAAACAAGUUACUGAAAGUGUAAAGAUCGUGAUAAAUGACCUCAGGACACACUUGUCCACAUGUACAGACCCCAAAUGCUGCAUUGCAAUUGUUCAUCCAUAUAGGUGGAACACUGUACAGGAUGCAAAAAAAAUUGU